AUGUCUUCCCCACCUAAGGUUUGCUAUGUGUCCCCUCUGAACAUUGUGCAAAAGCGUGAUAGCAACUUACAUGGGUCUCCUUCAACACAGGUAGAUCCAUUUGACAACCUUCUCCAACGGUGCAACUUCGAUUGGGCCGAAGAUGCCGAAGAGGCUGCCAUCCACUGUGAUUUGCGUAUGCCCGCUACACCCAAAUCUCUUGGUUCCUCCUGGCCUCAGGCAAAGUGGUACAAUGAAUCCUACCCAAGUCUUCAAUACGUGCCCAAGCCCCGAUUUGAGCCAACCCUUCCAACUAUCUAUGAGGAGGUCUGGGAUGACCAGCUUGGCUGGGUUGAUGGAGCUUCACAUGGAGCCUCGACCUCCUCAUCCGAAACCCAGAGCGAAUCCCUUGGGUCCACUAGUACAGCCCCGAGUUGUGGGACACCUUCUUUUUGCGAGUCCCGCCUCGAACAAUUAACACCCGACGAGGAAGCAGAGGUCUAUUCGAUUGCACAGCAAUGUGUGGAUACAAUCUUUGCUGAUCGUCAAGCAUGGAUUGAUGUCGACGAAAACAUCCACCACUUUAACUGGAUGGGGAUGCGAGCUUAUACCCACAGCGCUACUUCACCAUCCGACUCGCUUGCCAUCAUCUUGGCGGAUCCCAAGAAUCCUCAGGGGGGUGCCUCAUUGAGGAUCCAAUUACUUGUGAGCCGAGCAACCCUGUACAUAGACCCGGUUAUUGUCCUUAUGGAUAGCGCUAACGAUAGCUUGUUUGGCCUCCGGGGAUCGGAGCUUGUCCGGGCAUCAACUGGACGUGUUUUCAAGUUCUACUCGCCACAUGGAAGGUGGAUGGAAGACCCGAACGAUACGAGUGAAGAAGCGACCACGGACUUUGGUAGCGUAUGGACUUACGAUGCCACCGAUAUGGCCAUUGGAAAUGGCUUCGUGGAGUCUAGUGCUAUUAGGUCGGUGUCACAGUGGACUGAGGCUCGGGAUGAAGCUUGUAAUGCCUCUUCAGGUUUUCAGUAUCCGCGGAGGAUGACUUGGGAGCGGAAGCCCUCACCUUUGCGAGAAUGUCAAACUCUUUCAACCUCAGAAAUCUGUACCCCGGAUAUUUCUGAGGUACCAUGCCCUCAGAGCAUUAAUCGAGCGAAGAGACCACCCCGUAAGAUCACCACUUGUGUGAUUGGAGCACCCAGUGAGGAGUAUUUCUCUUUCCCGACUCCUGUCUUUGGUCGUCCUGGGCCAUUCAAGAAGGCGUUCAUAAAGGCUCGGCGGGGACUGCAAUCCAUGUUCAAAUUUUGA